AUGAUGGUUGCUUUUGAGAAGGGUCUGACAGAGGUGUGGAAGCUGCUGAAGCAGGUUCCCCGCCGGAUCAGUAUGGACUGGCGUCGCUUCAGUGCCAUCGAUGUAGAACGAGUGGCCCGGGAGGUGGACGUGGCCAUGCUGCAGGAGCACAUCACCAGCAUCACCUUCUGUAACCUGGAUGGGGAGCGGUGCCCCCACUGUGGGCAGCCAGCAGACCCCAUCCUCCUGGCCAUGCACACCCAGCACCUGGAAGCUGCCCGUGCCAAGCUGGCUUCCACCCAGCAGCAGGCAGAAGAGCAGGCGGUGCAGCUCCAGGUGUCAAAAGAGGAGAGCAGAAGGUGGAAGAAGUUGCUUGCUAUGCAUCAGCCCCUUUUGCAAGCUGGCCCCAACACCUAUUGCAAGUGCCACCUCUGUGAUAAAGCCUUCAUGAACAACUCAUUCCUGCAAGCCCAUGUGCAGCGCCGGCACCCAGAAGCCACUGAGGCGGAGAGGAGGAAGAUGAAGCAAGUGGAGCAAAUGGAGGACGAGGUGGAGGAGCUGAAGGCAAAAUUACGGGAGAUGCAGCAGCAGCUGGAAGCAGAGAGGGAAGUGGAGAAGCUGCACAGGGAGCAGGAAACAGAGAAAGUUCACCAGCGAGAAGAGGAAGGCAGGAGAGAUUUCGAAAGGUGGAAAGAGGAGGAGAGGAUGAAGUUGCAUGAAGAGAUUGAUGGCCUGAAGCAGCUCUUCCUCACAGCGUUCAAGGACAUGGCCAGCAGGAGCUGUGCCAUGGAGGGGAAACUGCAGCAGCUUCAUGCCAGGGAGGUGUUGGAGUCCAACCUGGGGACCCUGCGGGAUGAUGACACAGAGGAGGCAUGGUGGCAGCCAUCAGGCUGGGCAGAGCAGGAGAAGACGGCAGUGCAGAAAGAGAACAAGACACUCCAUGGCGCCCCAUCCCAGGACCAGUGGGCAGUUAUGGACCAUGUCCAUCAGCAAGUGGAUACCUUCAGCACCCAUCUCAGGGAGCAGCCCAAGCUCACCAAGUCCCAGGAGAAGAAGAUCAAGCUGCUAUCUACAGGGAAAACUGAAGUGACCCAGGAUGUGACCAAAGUGGGAGCUGAUGAAGAGUCAGCAGGCAGGGAGGAGGCCACCCGGGGUGGGAAGCAGAGGCUGCUGGAAGCCCUGCAGAGAAACCCAAAUCUCCUGAAGCGGUUUCGCCACAUCCUGGAAGAAGUGCUGGAGGAAAAGCUGGAGAGCAUGGGUAUCAAGAGGGUUGCAAAGGGAAUCUCCACUCGGACCUACCAAAGACUCCAGGCCGUGGUCAGGCUUCAGCAGCAACAGAAGGCUGUGAAAUUUCCUGGUCUCCUCCACCUGAGGGAUGAGUUGGUCCGAGCAGUGAUGCGGAAAGUCAGGCGACACAAGAAACGCAGCAGUGCUUUGCCUCAGCAGCUCUCUGUCAUCCCAGGAUACUUUCUUGAUGACACCAAAUUGGACCACAUUGCUGUCAGUGCUGGGCUGCACGAUACCAAACCAAUGGGAAGCAGCAGAGAUGCUCCCCAGUCAGGUGGAUUACUGCAGCCUGAAUGCAAAACAAAGCAGAACUAA